ACAUUGCGGCUCCGAAGGAAGAGUAACUCAUAGUCGGCUGCUAAGAUUUGUACUAGUAACUCUCCUAAUCUCUCCCGAGCUGACAAAUGCGCCCCGGGCGACGUGGGGCUUUUUGGGCCGCAGGACUCCACUCUCACAAGCGCUAUCAAUCCUCCUCUUGUUUGGCCUGGGCGCGCUUCCCAGAGAACCGAGGACGAGGAACUUGGUGCUAGAAAGGUGAAGGCCCAAGGGCCGACCAUCCGCACUGGUUCCUCAGUCGCCCCUCCCCACGCCCUGUCGCCUAUUUACUUGUUCGGGCUGUGCAGUGCCCGGCUCCUCGGGGCAUGUCUGGGUGGUGCUGGGGAAGGUGCCUCUCACUGCCGCCCUAUGUAGCGGCAACCUCCGGCCUCCUUUGGUUGCUGCUAGGACGUUCUUGGCUCAGAGUGGCCUCAGCUGUGGAAAGCCAUUUGGCCAAGCACUUCUAAACCUCUCCUUCUAACAUCCCUAAUCCUCUCAUCUGCCCUGUAAGGUGGUAUAACGGUUACCCCCGGAGAGGCUAAGUAACUCGCCCUAGGCCACAGAACUUAAAUGGCGGAGUAGGAGUUUCGCCCCGAGCCUGUUCGCAUCUAAAGCCCUUUGCAUAAGUUCCAUCGCCUUCCUCACAGCUUAGCGAAGACAGGGCAGGCGCUGCGAAUCUCAGGCUCAUGCUUUGCCCAGCGGUACCGACUAGCGCUGCUUUGGGCCGGCGCGCAGACACCCAACUCCGCGUCCCCUGCGCGCUCAGCCGGUCGGUCCGGCCUGUUUAAGGAGCGAGCCCCGGCCCGUCUCCCUCCUCUCCCCGGCCCUUCCUUAGGGGACUGGCAGCGCGCGCGCGGUCGUGAAGGCCGCGGGCGAGUGGGUGGAGUUUGCUGCGCGGCGGCGCCGGCCGCAGCUAGUGGGUCCCGGUGGGCUCUGGGGCGGGGCUGCGGGGAGGGCGGUGCGGACCGGUCGAGCGACCCUGCCGGGAUGGGGAGUGUGGCUGCUCCGCCAGGGGCCUGCGCCGUGGAGAGCGGCUCCGCGACCACCGCUGGCCAGAGCCCCGCCGUCUUCUGCUAGAGAUGCUCUUCCUCUCGUUUCAUGCAGGCUCCUGGGAAAGCUGGUGCUGCUGUCUGAUUCCAGCAGACAGACCCUGGGACCGGGGUCGGCGUGGGCGGCUGGAGAUGGCGGACACCAGAUCCGUGCACGAAGCCAGGUUUGAGGCGGCGGUGAAGGUGAUACAGAGUUUGCCGAAAAAUGGUUCCUUCCAGCCAACAAAUGAAAUGAUGCUCAAAUUCUAUAGCUUCUAUAAGCAGGCAACUGAAGGACCCUGUAAACUUUCAAGGCCUGGAUUCUGGGAUCCUAUUGGAAGAUAUAAGUGGGAUGCUUGGAGUUCAUUGGGUGAUAUGACCAAAGAGGAAGCAAUGAUUGCAUAUGUUGAAGAAAUGAAAAAGAUUCUUGAAACUAUGCCGAUGACUGAGAAAGUUGAAGAAUUGUUACAUCUCAUAGGUCCAUUUUAUGAAAUUGUAGAGGACAAAAAAAGUGGCAGAAGUUCUGAUCUAACCUCAGUCCGACUGGAGAAAAUCUCUGAAUACUUAGAAGAUCUUGGUAAUGUUCUAACUUCUACUGCAAAUGCCAAAACUGUUAACGGUAAAGCUGAAAGCAGUGAUAGUGGCACUGAGUCUGAGGAAGAAGAGAUCCAAGAAGAAGGAAAAGGAACAGAACAAAGUGACACUGGGAAGAAAAUGGUGAAAUCCACAGACGAUGAGAAUUUAGAAAUCAUUGUCUCUAAUGGCUGUGACAGAGACAGCUUUGUUCAAGAUACACAGAAUGACAUUCAUGCCAGUUCUUCCCUGAAUGGCAGAAGUGCUGAAGAAGUAAAGCCUGUGGGUGAAAGCUUGGAGCAAACUGGAAAAACUACUGUCUGCCUUCACCGAGAUACAAAUGAUGAUCAUGUUGAAGAUGUUUCUGGAAUUCAUCAUUUGACAAGUGAUUCAGACAGUGAAAUUUACUGUGAUUCCAUGGAACAAUUUGGACAAGAAGAGUCUUUAGACAGCUUUACAUCGAACAAUGGACUACGUCAAUAUUACUUGGGUGGUGAUCCCAGUCAGCCCUUGGAAAAUUCUGAUUUUCCUGAAGAUUUCCAAGUAUCUUCCAGAAAUGGCAACACUGGGUAUAUGCAGGUGGUAGCAGUUGAAGGAAAGGGUGAAGUAAAGCACGGAGGAGAAGAUGGUGGAAGUAACAGUGGAGCCCCACCCCAAGAGAGACCGGGUAGAGAGAAUGAGAAAUUCUCUAAUGUCAGAAGAGGGAGAGGUCAUAGGAUGCAACAUCUGAGUGAAGGAACCAAGGGUUGGCAAGUGGGAAGCGGAGGUGAUGGGGAACGCUGGGGUUCAGACAGAGGGUCGAGAGGCAGCCUCAAUGAGCAGAUUGCCCUUGUGCUCAUGCGACUGCAGGAGGACAUGCAGAAUGUCCUUCAGAGACUUCACAAACUGGAAACACUGACAGCUUCAGAGGCAAAAUCAUCAACAUUACAGACUAGUAAUCAGCCUCCCUCCUCACAGAGACCAUCUUGGUGGCCCUUUGAGAUGUCUCCCGGUGCAUUAACUUUUGCUAUCCUCUGGCCUUUUAUUGCCCAGUGGUUGGUGCAUUUAUAUUAUCAAAGAAGAAGAAGGUAAUAAAUACUAUACUUUCAUAAUUCAAAA